AUGCCUUCUCAGGAAGAACAGGAGCUGUUGGCCAGGAUCGGCCAACUUGCAGGCAAGAUCAAUCUUCACAAGGCCCAGCAAGCCGGUGUGCAAUCAGUGCCUAGCAAUCAAGCUACCUACGGAAGGAGCACCACUCACCGACAUGGCGGCUUCCCCCACAAGCACCGUGUCGAGCCUUACCCCUCUACUCGAGGCCCCUCGGGGUUUCGUCAUCGAUCCCUGGUGCUGAACAACGGUGGAACGCAAACACCGCCGUCCGAGUCGUCUACUCCCGAGGCCCCUGGUGCGGCUGGUUCCUCCGGCGCCUGGAUUUCCAAAAACACCCGCGGCCAAAGAUCGCUCAUCAACUCGGCCGUCUACGAGAAGAACAACGAGGCGCAUGCCAAGGCUAUCGAGGCAUCGCGACAGCAGAAGAUUCGCCGGCAGGAUGCGCGCGAGCAGUCGCAGCUUGCCAAUCACUUCCACCGUUACGGAGCCCACGCAAGCGCGCCGUCUACCCCUACUAAUCCCACCACAGCGACAGGCAAUCACGAGGUUGAGAUCCAAGGAAUCCGCUUCCGCGUCGCUCACAGCGGCAGCAAGCUCAUCAAGGUGUCGGGAGAUCUCCAUCCCGUCAGUGCAACGCCCAAGGUCGCCUUCGUCGGAGGCGUCAAGUUUCACCGAAGCAAAACGGGCAAUCUGUACCGAGCCGGUGUGCUGGAAGCUCAACGCCAAACGAGCGUCAAGAAGCUCGAUGUGCCUUGCAGCAUGUUUUCGCUGACCGGUUCAUGCGCCAAGGGACCGGCAUGUCGAUACAUGCACGAUGCCUCGAGGGUCGCCGUCUGCCGGGAGCUGCUGCAUAAGGGGAACUGCGCCAAUGGGGAGUCUUGUGAUCUUUCCCAUGACUUGACGCCCCAACGCACCCCGACAUGUGUUCACUUCAUCAAGGGCAACUGUGCGAACCCUAACUGCCCCUAUGCUCACUCUAGUGUGUCCCCAGGUGCCCUGGUCUGCCGUUCCUUCGGAAUGUACGGCUACUGCGACAAGGGAGACAAGUGCGAGGAGCGGCACGUGUUCGAAUGCCCCGACUUCAGCAACACGGGCAAGUGUAGAAGAAAGGGCUGCAAACUACUUCACCGCGAGAGGGCAAGCGUCCUUCGGAAGCGCACGGACUCGGACGAAAUGGAGGACCUGUCGAGCGAUGCCGAGUCGGCAGACAGCGACGACGUUGACUCGGACGAGGUCGAGGAGUUUAUCACCGACGGCGCGGGUGAUGAUACUGACUUCAAGGUCCAGAAGGACUUUAUCUCUUUCUGA